AUGUGUGGAAUAUUAGGUAUUGUAUUAGCAGAACAAAAUUUAAAUGUUGCCCCUGAAUUAUUUGAAGGAGCAAUGUUUUUACAACAUCGAGGACAAGAUGCAGCUGGGAUUGCCACUUGUGGAUCCAAAGGUCGAUUUUAUCAAUGUAAAGGUAAUGGAAUGGCCCGAGAUGUUUUCACUCAACAAAGAAUGAAUAAUUUAGUUGGUAAUUAUGGGAUUUGUCAUUUACGUUAUCCUACUGCUGGAUCAAGUGCUGGAAGUGAAGCGCAACCAUUUUAUGUUAAUUCACCUUAUGGGAUAAGUUUGAGUCAUAAUGGGAAUUUAGUUAAUUCUAUUGAAUUAAGACAACAUUUAGAUGAAGUUGUUCAUCGUCAUAUUAAUACUGAUUCUGAUUCUGAAUUAUUAUUAAAUAUUUUUGCUGCUGAAUUAGAUAAAUUUAAUAAACUGAGAGUUAAUAAUGGUGAUUUAUUUUCUGCUUUAACGGGUACGAUGAAUAAAAUUAGAGGUGCUUAUGCAUGUGUUGCUAUGUUGGCUGGGUAUGGUAUAAUUGGAUUCCGUGAUCCUAAUGGAAUUAGACCAUUAUUAUUUGGUGAAAGAAUUAAUGCUAAUGAUGGUUCAAAAAGUUAUAUGUUAGCUUCGGAAUCAGUAGUUUUAAAAGCUCAUGGAUUUAAUAAUUUUAAAGAUGUUAAACCUGGUGAAGCAGUAAUUAUUACUAAAACUGGUGAAUAUGAAUUUAAACAAGUUGUUGAACCAAAAAUUUUUGCUCCGGAUAUUUUUGAAUACGUUUAUUUUGCUAGACCUGAUAGUGUAUUAGAUGGAGUUUCAGUUUAUCGAUCAAGAAUUGAUAUGGGAGAAAAAUUGGCUCAUAAAAUUAAAUCCAUCAUGAUGGAUAACCAAGAAAGUGAAGGAAGUGAAGGAAGUGAAGGAAAUGAUGAGAUUGAUGUGGUUAUUCCUGUUCCUGAUACUGCUAGAACUAGUGCAUUUCAAUGUGCAGUUUCACUUAAUAAACCAUUCCGUGAAGGGUUUGUUAAAAAUAGAUAUAUUGGAAGAACAUUUAUUAUGCCUAAUCAACAAGAAAGAAGAUCAUCAGUAAGAAGAAAAUUAAAUGCUAUGGAUUCAGAAUUUAAUGGGAAAAAUGUUUUAUUAGUUGAUGAUUCAAUUGUUAGAGGUACUACAUCUAAAGAAAUUGUUGCCAUGGCUAGAGAAGCCGGAGCUAAAAAAGUAUUUUUUGCAUCAUGUGCUCCACCAAUUAGAUUUAAUCAUAUUUAUGGGAUUGAUUUAGCUGACACCAAGGCAUUAGUUGGAUUUAAUCGUGAUGAAAAUGAAAUUGCUCAAGUUAUUGGUGCUGAUAAAGUUAUUUAUCAAGAUUUACAAGAUUUAAUAGAUUGUUGUAAAUCAGAUAUUAUUAAAAAUUUUGAAGUUGGAGUAUUUACUGGUGAAUAUAUUACUGGAGUUGAAGAUAAUUAUUUACAAGAAUUGGAAAAAAUUAGAGCUCAAAAUCAAAGAUUACAACAAAAUAUAAUGAAAGGUUUAUCAGUAGAUGCUUGUAUUGAUUCAAGUGAUUUAGUUGAUGUUAAAGCUGAAGUUGAUAUUAGUAUUUAUAAUCGUGGUGAUUAUACUGAAUAA